UUUCCUCCAUGGAGGAAACCGUGUUGCUGACAUGAAAAGUGCUGCCUUAAAUCCCGUACCAGCUUCUCCUUCAGCUGAUUUCACUGUGCCGGGUGCGCAGAUGUGGAGCUGCAGCUCAAGUUUGAAGAUCAUAGUCAGGAGGGGAAAAAAGACAAGGAUGCGUCUAUUUUAGGAUAGACGACAGAUUGGAUGUUUGCAUCAAAGUCACUCUUUAAGAAGCGCCGCGAAACAAACCUGGAUUUGCGCUCAACACCGACUGACGAGACACUCAGAGGGCAUAGGAAUGUACUGCAAGGGAGGAUAUGAGAAAGUCAUCCUGCUCAUCUUUUACCUCCAGCUGUGGUCCAAGCCGAUGGGUGAAGCAAUUCAUCCGGACUGUGCCAUCAUCGCUCAGCACCUGAGGGCUCGAGAGAUUUGCAGCCAGACGAGAAGGAGCGAGGCGCAAAACCGGAGCGAUCACAGCGGAUGUAAAACAGAAUGGGAUGAGAUUGGAUGCUGGCUGAGGGCCGAAGCUGGGCAAGUUGUCAAUUUAUCCUGCUCUGAGGUCUUCCAGCAUUUCUCCAGCAAUCAAGGGUAUGUGUACAGAAAUUGCACUGCUGAUGGCUGGUCUGAAAUGUAUCCAACUUAUGAAGACGCCUGUCAUUUCAGUGAUGACAGCGAGCCUGAAUCUGAGACUAGUUACCUCCAUACGUUCAGACAAGUCUACACUGUAGGGUACGCCACUUCACUUAUCACUCUCCUGACAGCUAUAGUGGUGUUCGCAGGUUUCAGGAAGUUUCGCUGUACCAGAAACUACAUCCACAUCAACCUGUUUUCCUCAUUCGUCUUGAGAGCCAGUGCUGUGUUCAUUAAGGAUGCAGUGCUGUUUGCAGAUGAAACUCUCGACCACUGCUCUGUUUCUACGGCUGGGUGUAAGUCAGCUGUGGCUUUUUUCCAGUUCAGCAUCCUAGCCAAUUACUUUUGGUUGCUGGUGGAGGGCAUGUAUCUGCAGACCCUGCUGGCCCUCACUUUCGUCUCUCAGAGGAAAUACUUCUGGUGGUACAUUCUCAUUGGAUGGGGAUUGCCAUCAACGGUUCUCAUACUUUGGGUUCUGACCAGAUUUCUCUAUGAUGACAGAGGCUGUUGGGAUGACAAUGACAGCGUUGGCAUUUGGUGGAUCAUUAAAGGACCAAUAACAGGCUCGCUGCUGGUCAACAUAGUCAUCUUCAUAAACGUUAUCCGGAUUCUGGUCCAAAAGCUUAAAUCUUCAGCCAUGGCUGGAAACAGCGACACUGGUCACUUCAUGCGGCUGGCUAAAUCAACCCUGUUCCUCAUUCCUCUGUUUGGGAUGCACUACACUGUGUUUGCCUUCCUGCCUGAGAACACUGGAGUGGCUGCCAGACUGUACAUCGAGCUGGGCCUGGGAUCCUUUCAGGGAUUUGUUGUGGCACUUCUUUACUGCUUCAUGAAUGGAGAGGUCCAGGCAGAGCUCCGGAAAUGGCUUUGGAGGUGCCACAAUCCAAAUCUCACUCCUGCUAAGAGAAGCAUCACUCAGGUCACAAUUCGAACCCAGGGGGGCAUGGGGCCUUCGUCUAGUGCCAACAUUUCUGCUGUAUAGUUCUUGUUUGUAAAAGGAGAAAAAGAAAAUUCUGAAUGUGAAGAAACAAUAAAAGCGUGGCAUUCCUCUGCUGAAAAUAACGACGGCACAACUUCAACUAUUGUUUUAUAAGACAUGAAAGCACAAGAAAAACAGAGUCAAACCUGUGGAGGCAUUAUGAUGCCAUGGUAAAACAGGAAGCAACAACCGAGACAGAGCUGGCCCUGGACUGAAGAGGAUUUCAGAUGCUUGAGUUUACAGGUUGCAAAUAAAUGAAUGAGCUGAUUUGUCUACACAGCUUUAAUUUUACUCUAAUUGUUAUUUUAAUGCUAACUGUAGCAACAGGACCAUCUUCAGUGGUGUGAAACUCAUUUUCAUUUGGGGCCACAUCAAGAUAAUCUUAAAAUCAUAUACUGUGGCAGAAUGUAUAGUAUUAUAGUGUUUUCUGUAUUCAAUGAGUAGUUCUAAAUAUUUGAUCAUACUUAAUAUUCUUUAUCAUUGAAGUAAUUUGGCACUUUACAAAUAAAGCAGAUUUGAUUUGAAUGAUAAAAUAGUAUUUAAGUACAAAACUAGUAUCUUGAAUUUCUUGAAAUAGUUAUGGUUGGCCAGAUCUGGCCUGUGGGCCUUGAUUUUGACACAUGUGCCUUAAAUGGUGUCUUGAAAACCAUAGCACUUGUACUGAAUUGUCUCAAACACUACUUAGAUUUUUGAAAGAAAGCAUUAGAUUAUGUAUUAAAUGAAUCCACUGUACAUGUUGACAUAUUAAAUGUGCAUGGAGGUAGAAAUAAAAUUUGUAUUAGUUUACAGAGUCUGAAAAAUGUCAGUCUUUGAAAAGUACAACAACAUACCACAGAUUUAUUUUGCAGUUAGUUCACACAAGUAGACGUGGAUGUUGGACAUCAGAACACUUAUACGUGACUCAGUAUACAGGUUGAACACAAGAUGAAAGUUUCUACAUUGUUUUUCAACAUCUAAGUUUAAAUUCUUUUGAAUGCUUGUCAUUACGUAUACAUGCAUACAGAAUACAUUCUCUCAAGUUUCCAGUCAUCCACAUACGCUCUUAAAACUGGACCAUAAACAGCUUUACAAAAACACUGUCACAAACAUUGUAGAUUUUAGUCAAGAAGUCCACCUGAAUGGCAAAAAUAUACACUAUUCAUGAUAGAGAAAAGACAUCAUUUGUACACCAGAGCAAAUUGAUAGCAGGGAACAUCUAAGAGCAGCUGAGAAGCAAUAACUCUACAUUCAAAAAUUCAUUGACAAUCAGUAAAACUCACACACACUUGACCAAACUGGCUCAGCAAGCCAUAACAGUUAAAACUGCAUGUUAACACAGAUAUGCAUCACAAAACACAGUUCAAACAAGAGAUUUGACAUUUUUGCAAUUAGUCAUAUUUUAGUGAGAUUCAGAUGGUGGUCUAUUACUUAAACUGCAAAUGACAGAAAAGUGAAGUUAGCAUUCAUAAGCUACCAGCUACUUGAAAAUUGCCUACAUAUGACUAGCUAGCUAGAAACUAGCUUUUUAAAGGAGAAAAUGUGCUGAUAUAUUGAUUUCAGCUUUAAAUCUCAGGCCUCUGAACAACACUAGACUUGAUGUUUAUGAUGUGCAAAAGUUCUUUGAGUAAGGAUGGGUAGCAUUUAUGGUAAGUAUGAUCCACUCUGAAAGAUUGACAUAAAUCAUGACAUUCUUAGUGUACAUUUUUAAAGCUGUGAAGUGUACACCAAUUGCUUCAAAUGUAGUCACUUAUUUACAGUCUAAUGACUAGUAAUGCUGUGCUAUCAAUAUGCUUGGAAACUAGGCUAGAAUAGCUGAAAGCUGAACUGAUCAAGUAUGGCUAUUAACCCUUUGCAUGUGAUGUCAUGCUCUCCAGAAAGCAACUCACUUGGUUGGUAGUCUAAUAUCACUUUUAUUCAGUUGAUUCGGGGUGCUAUGUGGUCAGUUGCACAAAGACAAGGAUGGAAACCAAACUUGUCAUUUUAUUGUAAACCUUUCGAUGGGGAAAAAUGAUGGAGAUGGAUAGCAGCCCUCGGUGUAUUAGUGGUUUUGCAGAUACACUUUUUACAAGGUAAAAUGAUUAAUGUUCAAGUACUUCAUAAGUAGGUUCAGUAAGAUGCAGUAAAAUAUUGCAUUAUGGAGAAGGUAUGCACCUAAUCAUUAGCAACCAUAGAGCAAACGCCCCACCAUCAUGGAACCUAUCAUGUAUGACAAAACUAAUAAGUAUCUAGACUUUACUACGCUUUUAAGUCUGCUCUGGUGUAAGAGAAAACACAAUUUAUGACAUAGUGGUAUAAAUCAUGUGGCACAAAUUCAGGCAAAGUUGGCAAUUUGGUCAAAUCAACACAGAAGUCAGAAGGGAAAAGGUUUGGGUCGGUUUCUGAGCUAGCUUCUCCCAAUUUUGUAAAUACUGCUGCCUACGAGCCACAACCAACUAUGUGAUUAAGUGACGAAGCUGUAAGGGGUCAAUACUAUCCAUACUAGAAUUGUGUUCACAGAUUAAUUAGCUCAACUUGAACAAGUACAAGUCAUGGCCUUACUGGCAAAAACAACUUGGGAAAACAAUCGUCGUGACUUUGAUACUCCAGUCUUUCACUUCCAGUUUUUGUCAUGGCACCUUUUGACUAAGUGAUUAAGUGACAUAGCUGCAAAAGGUCAAUACUAUCCAGACUACAGUAGAGUUAGCUACUACCUUUAGAUAUACUAACAUAUCUCAUGUAACUUAGUAUAGCAAUUGAUUUUCUAGUUAGACUACAAUUUUUUUUUUUUUUUAGAGAUUUUUAGAGUCUAAUAUUUUUUUAGAAAUAUAAAAAUUUUUUUAUUAGAAAUAGAAGCUCGACUAGAGAUUUCCGGGCCUUGAUUACACAUUUAAAUCUCAUAUCUGACUAGGCACACAGAGCAUUAAUCACAACUUUGACCCCCUGUAUAGGUCAGCUGAUUUGGGGCUGUAACUACCUCACCUUGGAAGCAGAGUUACAACAUAGUCGGGCUGAUCCACCUCAGCUCCUCUCUCCAUAUUAGUUCUUUCACAAAACACAUGAUGGAGAAGCCGUUUUAUAGGGGCUUUUGAGUUUAAUGGAAAAAUAAAUGUUCAAUGUGUUUUAUUUUGGAGAAAAAUGCUGAGUUUACCAACUAUUAUCUAUCAUACUAUAGCCUACCUAUUCAACAUCACAAUCUAAAAGGAGUUAGCAAGCUCAUUUAUCUCAGAGCAAAAGGUUAAUUCAGUCGUAAACAUAUUUGAAGUGGUUGCUAAAAAUUUCUAAUGGAAUGUUAUAUUAAGGUAAAAACAAAAUGUUCUGUAAGUGUUAUGUUGUUAGAUAAUGUACACAGUUCUGCUUAAUUAUCAUAUAAACUUGUCAUAAAGAACAAAGUAUAACUCUUCAAAUGCAUCUGUAAAUAUUUUGCUUUAGAGACUGAGAUUUCCUUUACCUUGCUUUGAAGCAAUAGAAAUGAAUAUGGAUGAUUUUAGCUGAAGUUUGGAUUAGCCUUUACAGUGCUCUUUUUUAUGUACUGCUAAAAAUUACAUCAUCAGCAUUAAUUAGGCUCACAUGGCUUGUCUGACAAUUCAUGUAAAAUAGGAAAUAAGGAAUUUUGUUAAUAAUGAUACAAAUAUAGUCAUUGUCUCUCUUUUUAAACAUUUGUCCUGCAAAUUCAUAAUACAAAGCCUAUGAAAUCAAUAAAUAAAAAGCUUUCCUUCUGCGCUCUCUCGUAUAUUACAAAGUUUUGCUUCCAUCUAGUGGUGGACAAAUACACAGCACAUAUGUGGUCAUGUGAGGAGUUUUCAACUCUUCUUUUUUUCUCUCAAACAGUAACAGCAUUAAAACAUGGUCGUUUCUUUCUGAGGUUCAGACUCAGAAUGCUGGUGACAGAAACACAUAAGCAGCAGAGUGGUUUUUAAUCACACGCUCAAACACAACUGUUGCAGUGGUCAAAUUUUUCCUCUAUGUACAUACUUCGGCUUCCACACAAAAAAGAAAAUUCUAGCUUCAUGUUUUUUUAUAAAGCCAUUUUAGACCCUAUUUCUCUGCACAAUAAGUUGUGGUUUUUCUCCAUGUAGUCAGAAGAAACGAAAUCUUUCGCCACAAAUCUCAUCUUAUAAUCUUAUAUAGGGAGGCAAUCUUUAUGGCACUUUGACCAAGUCUGCAUCAGGUAGUGUAAUAAAAUCAGACAUUUAUGUUACAGACAAAACUAUUUGUAAGCUGUACAAGUCGAUAUGUUACAUAGCACAUAAUCAUUGGAAAAUAAAUAUACAUCCAUAGCUGUUCCACGUAUCAUAAAUCAUCAUUUAAAGAUACAACAAUCUUAUAAUCUACUUGUAUGACAAGAAAUGAACAUCCAAAUUAAAAAUAUGGUGGAAAACUCCUAUGUACACCCUUUCACAUUUUAAUUUAACAUGGUUUCCAUGUAUACAGUAAGGACUUUUUAGCUAGUUUGAGCACAAAAAAAGGACAUACAGCAACACGUAAAUGCGAUUGUCAGAAGCGAGUAAAUUAAAGCCUUUGUUGAUCACUGACAAUAUUAAUGUUUAUACUUUGAAGUCAUACAUGUGGUGGUAAUGGCAUAGAAAUUCAAAAUAUAUGGUGGAUGCAAUAAAAACACCUCACUUAAUCUCGUUGAAGAUUUUCAACUGUAUCCUCAUUUUAUUUUGCAUUUCAUAAGAAAAAAGGCUAAACUCUUACAAUAAAUGGCAAAUUAUUCAACUACCAGAGACACAUUGUUGAAAAGCAUGCUACCCACAAUAAAGCCACCACCACCUCUUGAUUUAAUCUUUGCAGAAAAUAACUCCGUUAAAAUCAUGUAUUCACUGAUAAUUAAAGUGAUAGCUAUUUGUAUGAGUAGGCACUUUGGAAAACGAGGUGUCUAAUCAAAUUGCAAAAGGAGCUGCUUAAAGGUGGCACAAUGGGCUUAAGCUCAAUCGAUGAGCACAGAGUGAGGAUGACCACCCAUCAUGAAAUACAGCACUUAUGGAAUCAUGGCAUGGUGAAUUUACGUUUGGAGACAAACGGUGGCACAGACUGCUCAUGUUCACAAACAACACAUCUUGGGUUUGUAGAAAUUUGUGGUGAUAAAAACUAGCUGGAUAGCCCACUUUUCCUUCUUUGCCCAUUUGUACAUAUGCA